GGUUUAAGUUAGCACGGCAGUUUCUCUCUCUCUCUCGUUCUCUGACAAACUUGUCAAUUGGUCAACGGCUCCUCCAACCCUACGCGUAUCCAGCCGAAAAACAAACAAUAAAGGGAUCAUAAUCGUACGCCGCGGCUCGUCGCACGCAGAUCUAAAAUGCGCCGUGUGCGUAGCUGGACACAUUAGAGCCAAAGGCCAACUGCCUGCCACUCGCGCAGAGACGAGUGCUGGCAUAGCUUUGGUUCAUUCACAUCGAACCCCGCGCCAUUAACCACACUCCACAACAACUAAACUAAAUCAAAUCAUGACCAUUAUAGCUACUCCUACUGCUAUAUAUACCACAUCUCUUAAUUUUAAUUACCACCUUGCCCCUACCCCGAUUUCUAAGUUCCGUACGUCCCUCCCUACAACAACAACAUCAUCGUCGUCGUCGUCGUCGUCGUAUCUUAGUGCUUCUCCUUCCCCUGUUCUCUGUUCCUCCUCUACUCCUUCAGAGCCAGAUAUGGAAAACACCACGGUUGGUCAGAGUCUCUACCCCUUGCACCGUUCUAAAACUAUUCAUCUGGUAAGGCAUGCUCAAGGAGUUCACAAUGUUGCAGGCGAGAAAGAUCACAGUGCAUAUAUGUCUUAUGACUAUUUUGAUGCGCAACUUACUCCUCUUGGCUGGAAUCAGGUUGAUAAUCUCCACAAACAUGUUCAAGCAUGUGGACUUAACAAGAAAGUUGAGCUAGUCAUCGUUUCUCCUUUGUUAAGGACCAUGCAAACAGCAGUUGGGGUGUUUGGUGGUGGAGCCUACGCGGAUGGGAUUGAUGUACCUUCUCUAAUGGCGGCAAAUGUAGGAAACAGUGACCGUUCUGCCAUUACAAGUCUAAAUUGCCCACCAUUUAUAGCAGUAGAGCUUUGCCGAGAACAUUUGGGGGUUCAUCCAUGUGAUAAGAGAAGAAGCAUCAGCGAGUAUCGUCAUCUUUUUCCCGCAAUUGAUUUCUCACUGAUAGAAGAUGAUGAAGAUGUUUUGUGGACGCCCGAUGUUAGAGAGAAAAACGAGCAUGUAGCUGCUAGGGGCUUGCAGUUUUUUAAAUGGUUGUGGACACGUAAGGAGAAGGAGAUUGCAAUUGUAACCCACAGUGGAUAUUUAUACCAUACUUUGAGUGCAUUCGGCAAUGAUUGCCAUCCUACAGUAAAGAGUGAAAUAUGUACACACUUUGCUAAUUGUGAGCUUCGAUCAAUGGUUCUUAUCGAUACAGGUUUGAUAGGUUCUGAUUCUUCAACCACUAAUUAUCCUGGAAAAAUUCCUCGUGGACUUGAUCUGCCAAGUGAUGUUGCAGAAAAGAAGGGUGACACUAAGUAAUGAUAGUAGAAUCUUGGAUUCGAAAUGCCUCGUAAAGAUUUGAUUUGCAGCCUGGGCGGUUUUCAAGUCGGCUGCUAGGUUCAGAGGAGACUUUAAAGAUGUAAACUUUUGGUCAGAUUCUUGGUCAAACAUUUUACUUGACAAUGCUACAUAUACAACUAUUUAUGGCCCCAGUACAGAGGGUUUUUCACUUCAGAGAUUUUUAGAGGUUCAACUGCUUUCAAAAGGGCGUGGAUUAUGCUGUUGGCCAUCAAUAUUUGGUUCCAUUGCUUUUGUUAUUCAUUUAUUGCUUUGGCUGGGGCAUCUGUACUAAUGGCACUAGUGCUUAACCUACACCUUAAGGUCAUGCUGUAUUGGAUUGUAUUAUUUUUUUUUACAAUAUUAUGUUUGGCUUUAAAUUGUAUUAAAAUGUGGCAUUAACUAUUUGUUUUUA